CCAAUCUGUCUGAAAAUUUAAAACGCUUUGGCCAAUCUAUUCAGGAGUUAGCUAAAUAUCUCACUCGGAGUUUGGGUCAAAGAUGUUUCAUGAGAGCAUCGACAACGCAUCCUUGUCAUUGGCAAGGAUGAGUGCACAAUUGGACAAUAUAGAGGCUGCGUUUCUACCAUUAAGAAACGACGGGGAAACUCACUCAUUGACCUCUGAUUCAAGUAAAGUCACUCUGAACUCUGCCAUCGUGUCAGUGCCUACUAAAGCACUGAAUGGCGUCAAAGGUGCUGCUCUCGCUGUGGUAUCAACCCUUGAGGUCGCCCAUCAGUUAUCAUCGGAUCUAAGCAAUGGUUCCUUCUUAGGAACAGCUAUCGUGUCUGUCUCCCUGGAACCAAAAGAUGGCGGCACUGGUUCCUUUGAUCUGAAAGGGCAUCCAAUCCAAGUAGAACUCAUCCACCUGCACAAUCAGACAAAACAAACAGGAAAGCUCAAGAGGACUUGCGUUUACUACGAUGAUGUGGCCGAACAAUGGUUAACUGAAGGAUGUACUACUGAAUCAGAGGGUACCGGUUCCACUACAUGCUCUUUCAAACAUCUGACGAAUUUCGCGGUCCUGAUGCAGAUUGAUCCAGAAUCCAAUGCUUGUAACUUUAAAGCUCUGGACGUUUUAUCUGCCGUUGGGGGCGUAAUCUCCAUCGUCUGCCUGGCUCUGACCCUUUGUGCCUUCACUUUACUCAAGAUGUUCAAGGCGGAGCGUAACGUUGCUCACGGCAACCUGGCAUUUGCUGUACUGGUCUCCCAGCUCGUGUUUUUCACAGGGAUUGAUGCGGCAGAAAACCGAACUGCCUGUUCAGCCGUUGCCGUUUUGCUUCACUAUUUCCUGCUGUCCUCCUUUUCUUGGAUGCUGAUAGAGGGCGCCCUGCUUUUCGUCAAGGCUGUGUUCAUUUUUCAUCGAGAGCUCCACCCUUUCAAGGUUAUGGCGCUGGGAUGGGGUAUGCCUAUCCCGAUUGUUGCAAUCACUUUUGCUGCCGUGAAGUCAGAUGGCUACGGAUAUUCAAGUGACCAGCCCGGAUGUUGGCUCAAUGGGAUUGCAAUUUGGGCGUUUAUUUGCCCAAUAACAGUAGUCAUAACGGUGAACACGGUGUUCGUGAUUGCAGUAAUACGUUCCUAUCUGCGUCUGAAGGCAACCAAGGGCAAAACGGAGCUCGCUAAAAUCAGGGGCGUAUUGAGAGCAAUCAUAAUUAUUCAACCUCUGAUGGGAUUCACUUGGCUCUUGGGUUUUGGUGUGAGCGGACAGGUCGUCGCAUGCGUUCUGUUCGUCAUUCUUAACACUCUUCAGGGAGUUUUCAUCUUUGUUCUGUACUGUCUAAAGACUGAUGAGGUUCAAACUGUUCUGAAGAAAUUCAAGAAUAAGAUAUCACCAAAACGAGGUGAGGAUCAACCAAAUCAGCUCCGUAUGAGUACAAUGGGUGCGACUAGCAGCACCAAAAUCACAAGCUUGGACAGUAAGACCUCAUCGGUACCAUUCGGGGAGAAAGAGGCUUGGACUUAGAGGUUACUGGAACGAACAACGCUCAGAGGUGAAACCUGUAUUUAGGUAUCAAUAUAGGAAGCAAUAAAAUUAAUUUAUUUAUAUAUUCGUAAGUAGUUUUAAAGUAUAGUGAAGUUUUUGAGCCAGGACAUGACCAUAGUAAUAAUAACAUACAAUUUGUAAGGCGCACUUUAUCUGGAAUAGUACUAUUCAACGGCAGCAGAUGCUAGUAAGCUGACAAACUGAACAGAUGAGUCUCGAGGUUGUGUUUGAAUGUUGACAGGUCAUGUGAUAUGCUCUUGUCUUAUCUGCUUUUUAAAACCAUGCAGAUUUUGGUAAAUUAAGUCUUGAUUUGGAUAUGAGCACAAAAAAAGCAUUAUCCUUUUACCCAGAAUGUAGUAACUCUAAAAACAUUGAGCAAGGCACUGUCUGCAAAGGAACCGCAUGACUGUACGGGCUAAAAUUUAAUGGCACUGCAGUGAGGAAUACUGACAUAAGAAAUGAAAAUGCAAGUACGAUAUAAAGACGUUUGAUUGUUGGUUGUUGGUGGUGAAUAUUUCUGAUGUUUUGUCUUUGCAAGUUCACCCCCCAAACAAGGCUAAAAGCCACUCUUUGGUAUGGGGCUACUAAAAGACAACUUAUAGUGAAAAGAACUUAGAGGAGCUGAAGGUAGGAUUUGAUAUUUAUCUUAAAACAGUCUACAUUGUAGGAUGAAGGGAAACAUGCACCAGGCAGGAAGCGCCAAAGAGAUGCAGAACGUGACAACCUCCAUUUAUGCCAACAUGACGCUUGGCACGUGCCUUAAAUACUUCGACAAAACAGUCGUGCGCAGGUAUACACAUGACUUGCCUUGCAACACGAUUGAGGAUUAUUUAAAGUAAUGUUUUCGAGAAUUUUUGUUAUUUUAAGAUUAAAGUUUUUACUUGAUUAAUAAUGUUAGCUUUGACACAUUUAAAGGCAGGGUGUACUUUUUGGGUGACCAUAAAAACGUACUUGAUGACGAGCAUCGGAAAUACAGUAAUAAUAAACGACCAAUUUGAAGUUUAGGUUACAGAGAAAUUGUGGUAAUUUUUCACCCACAAAAUUGAAAUUGAGAAAGGCUUCAUGCAUGAAGUUGUUCUCAUACAUCUCUAUACUUUAAGGGAAUUUUUUUCCUGUCAUCAAUUGAGUCAACAAUUGCACAGGUUUUUACGAUGUGUAUACGUUGUGAUCAACCAAGUGAGGGUGCUGUUCUUUGAUAUUUUACCAAAGUAUACACUGCCUUAAAAUUAAAGUCUUCAAUAUUUGUUUCAUUUUUGCACGUAACAAUUGACUUAAUACAAUGAUAGGACUCUAUUUGACGGGUAUUUAUGCACAUUAUAAUAACAUAAAAUAAAAAUGUUAAUUGUUUUCGAGUGACGCUGUAAGUUCAUUAAGUUCUAAUAAUUGUUCAAAUGCAAUGUUUUAAAUUACGGAUAAAUCUACUAAUACUAUAUCUAAUCCCUUAAAUUCCCCCUCGGGAAUAGUUUUCUUGAAAAGUUUUUGUUUUGAUUUUUCAAUUACUUUUUUUUCCUGGUGCUUUAUUUGUAAAGAAAAUCUGUCAUUAAUUUUGUACAUUUUGAGAAUGGUUCAUCAAAACGGAAAAAGUACAUUAUAACCUCUAUUUAUCUUAUAACGUCGAUUAUAAAAUGGGUGGAGAUGGCUAACUACCUAGCCUUUAGUCAAGGCGCAGGCGGCACCCCCAGAUGUCACACGACCAAAAAAGUCACGCACAGAAAAAAAGACCAGCACGAGCCGCAAGUUGCCGCUCGCGCUGGUCUUUUUUCGUGCGUGAUUUCUGCUGGGGUGCACACCUCACAUCUCAUAAUAUAAAAAUACGCUACAGCCAGUGAAAAACUAAGGAACGUAGUUAAUGUAUUAUUUGUUCUACCGUUUCAUUUUGUGGGUCAUAUUGUAUCAACGUAAUGCUGACGUAGGCCUAUUGGUAAUAUCAGAAAGACAUCUACAAUAAAAGUCACAA